AUGACGAUGGAAUGCUUAAAGUGCAGCUUACUAAAAAAAACAGAGGAGCUAUUAAAAUGUUCAGCAUGCCAAUACUGCUUUCAUUACUACUGCGUGGGCAUAUCCGACACAGACUUUAAGAAAAUGCUACCUAUGAAUAAGCCCAAAUGGAAGUGCGGCUCAUGUAAACAACCGGCUAAAAAACCAGCUAGCCCCGUCGUGAUCAACAAGCCACAGGCUGAUACAAGCCCCGAGCUAAACCUGCCGUCUACAUCUAUAGUCAACAUUGACACAGACGCCCUUAUGAAAUAUUUCGAUGGUAAGUUUGCCACCCUAAACGCUAAUCUGACGGCAAUGCGGGCUGAUUUUGAUAGCAAAUUAUCGGAACUUACCUUAACAGUUAACUCGUGGGAUGGCCGUAUCAAGACUCUUGAGUCCAAGGUUGACUCCUUCUCCAACGAGAUACACGGACUACGGGCCGCGAACGAACAACUCCACAGUGAGGUCUCCACAUUACAAAAACACUAUGAGGAUACGGAGCAAAAAUCAAGGCUAUGUAAUAUCGAACUACAAAACGUACCGGAGAAAAAAAGUGAAAACCUAAUGCAUAUCGCCGUUGCCCUAGGUAAAGUUUUGGGCACAACACUAACAAACAAUCACAUCAAAGAUGUCCACCGUGUCCCCCACAAUAAAGAAAUGGACCGGCCUAAGAAUAUUAUAAUUCAAUUAACCACACGCCGCCUGCGUGACGACCUUGUGGCCGCUGCAAGGGUACGCCGUGGACUGACUGCCGGGCAACUUUUCGAGGCCGCCGGCUGCAGCAGCGAUGCUUCGUCAGCAGCUGAGACGGUGGCGGGCGCAUCUCCCAUAUAUAUUAACGAACAUUUAACCUUAAAAAACAAAAUGCUUUACGCCAAGGCCCGUGAAAUAAGGAAAAACAAAAACUACAGGUGGAUUUGGGUUAAAAAUGCAACAAUACUUAUGCGUAAGACUGAUGAUUCUCGUAUACUCGCAAUUAAAAGCGAAUCAGAUCUUGAUCGUUUGUGA